GACUUCAAUCCUCGGACCCUAUAUCAAUGUGUUCAACUUCAAGUCACCACUAAAUUUAGUGUGCAGUGGGCAUCUAAACAUAAACACUCAAUCAACAAAAUCUCAGUCUCGCAAGCAAGCAAGAUGCCGAACAAUUCAAAGCUCCAAAUCGCCAUGUUCCCAUGGUUUGCCUACGGCCACAUGAUCCCCUUCCUUCACCUCGCCAAUGAAUUCGCCAAAAGAGGCCACACCAUUUCCUUCUUGCUCCCAAGCAACGUCAUCUCCAAACUCGCUAAUAAUCGCCACUCUCAUCUCAUAACCUUCCACGCUCUCACGCUCCCGCCCGUCCCCGGCCUGGCCCCGGGCGCGGAAACCACGGCGGACGCCAAGGAUUCUUUCGUCCUCUCGGCCGCCAUGGACGGAACCAAGGACCAAGUGAGGGCAAUACUCGAGAAGGAUAAGCCGGAUUUCGUCUUCUUUGAUUUCGCUUAUUGGGUCCCGGAUUUAGCACGCGAAAUCGGGUUCAAGACGGUGUAUUUCAAAGUCAUGAGCCCCACCACAUCGGCCUUGAAAAUGGUCAUGUCCGCGAGUAUAGGACGGCCGUUAACGGCGGCGGACAUAUUAACGCCGCCGCCGGGGUACCCUUCGUCUUCAAACGUGACGCUCCGCGAACACGAAGCGCGCAAGGCGGCGCUGUUCGCCAACGCGCACGCGGAUGAGCUGCGAAAGUUCUUCGGGCGAAGCGCGGUGGGGCUAAGAAACUGCGAUCUAUUAGCCGUGAGAACCGUCAAGGAAACCGAAGGGAUUUAUUGCGACUACUUAGCAACUCAAUAUAAAAAACCCGUCUUAUGCAUAGGCGCCGUCUUGCCCGAGCCCAGAGAAGACCCCCUGGAAGAUAAAAUCUCCAUUUGGCUCACAAAUUUCAAGCCAAACUCCGUAGUUUUCUGCGCAUUCGGGAGCGAAUGGGUCCUCGAGAAACCCCAAUUUCAACAACUCCUAUUAGGACUAGAACAAACAAAUCUCCCAUUUCUCGUCGCCCUCAAACCGCCCAAGGGAACAACCUCCAUCGAAGAAGCCCUGCCAGAGGGGUUUCAAGAAAGGGUCCAAAACAGGGGAAUGGUUUAUGGGGGUUGGGUCCCACAAAGCCUGAUUUUAGCCCACAAAUCCAUCGGCUGCUUUGUGAAUCACUGUGGGUAUGGAUCGAUGUGGGAGUCUUUGAUGAGUGAUUGCCAAUUAGUGUUUGUGCCCAACAUUCUUGAUCAAAGCUUGAACACUAGGCUCAUGGCGGAUGAACUAAAAGUGGCUGUGGAGGUGGAGAGGGAUGAAAAUGGGUGGUUUUCAAAGGAGAGUAUUUGCAAGGCGGUGAAAUCAGUGAUGGAUAGUGAUAACCAGAUUGGUUGUUUGGUCAGGGAGAAUCACAGCAAGUGGAAGAAAAUUUUAACCAGGCCAGGGUUCAUGAGUGAGUAUGUGGACAAUUUCAUACAAUAUUUGCAAGGGCUAGUAUAGUAUGUAGUUCAAUAAUUGACAUAUUAUAUUGUCUGAGAAUAUAAUGUCCAUUCCAUUAUCAUUCAUGAUUUGCAAGAGCUUUUGGAUUUAAUAAAGAGAUUCGAUCCGAUAUGUUGAAGCUGGGCUAAACAA